UUCGCCUGGCUCGUACGCGUCAAACAACAAUGUUCCCGACUUCGCGACAUGUAUGGCCUACUGCAGCGCCGCUGGUGCAAGUGUAUGCUCUGCAGUCACAUAUGUUGGUACAACCUGUUAUUUGAAGAAGAGUUUCAGCAACACUGUCCGACCUUCAACCGGCAACACUGCCGUUAUCUACGUCGCCCCACCUGGUUAUCCUCCACCUACCGCAAAUGGGCAAUACAGAAGUUCGGGCUGCGGCACGGCCGUGAACUCUCAAAUCAGUGUUGGUGGAGCCAGUACAGCCUUUACUGGUACUGGACCCGACGGUUAUCUGCGCAGUUUCAACAUCCAUGUACCGUCCAGCUACAAUAUCAACAAUGCAGCACCACUCAUCAUGGUUUUCCACGGAAGAGGCGAUAGUGGUACUGCCGUAGAAAGCGGAACUGGAUACUCACUUGAAAGAAUCAAUCCCUACGGUAUUGCGGUGUAUCCUACAGCAGUCAAGGACUCUACCGGCCAGCCCACAUGGCAAGGAGACCCGAGCUAUGUUGGUAAUACCACCAUCAAUGAUAUGGGCUUUGUCCAGGCUCUGAUAGCCAAUAUCUCGUCUCAAUACUGUAUUGACACAAGCCGUAUCUUUGCUGCUGGUUUCAGUAACGGUGGUGGCUUAGUGAACGUGAUGGCUUGCGAUCCCGUAAUGUCCACGGUUUUCAAUGCGUUUGGACCUCACUCUGGAGCCUACUACACACAGACAGGCGACUCAAACACGUUUGGUUCUCUGAGUGGGUUGCUGGGUCUUGUUACUCAAUUCCGCCUCGCAAACUGGCCGCACCAAUAUUCACUUGGCACUAAUGGUGGAUACAUUGACGCAGCUGCGCUCUCAUUGAACUUUUUCUACAAAUGGACCAACCCCGCCGGCCCAAGUCAGGAUUAUUUGUCGUCGAUCUAUGCUUCGACUCCAACCGCCAAGCCGAUCUCCUGUCCCUCUACACUUUCCAUAACCACCACCACAACUACCUACACCACUACCAGCUCCAGCUCCAACACUCCAAGUAUCACCUCGGCCAGCUCCUUGAUCACGGCUGCACCUGUGUCUGGAAGUGGAACUCCAACUACGUCCGCAUCAGCCGUAUCAGCCCCAGGCAACACAGUAAGCACAAGUCUGAACGGCUACCCAGUGUACACGACCACGCCAAGUUGCCCUGACAGCAAUGGAACAUACUACUACGAUCCGUACGUUGGCGAUAGUGUCAAUGGCCUUUACUAUUUCAUCAUGUGUGGCUACGAUAUUACGAGUGGCGCGAAGACUAGCUUUCCCGCUUCAACUUGGCAGCAGUGCUUCUCGAUCUGUGACAACUAUCCGACUUGCACUUCCUUCACUUUCAGUGCUGGCUCAUGCUUCAUCAAGCGUGUGAAUGCACCAUACGUUUCCUCUGGCGGUGACUUCGUUCAAGCGUCACAGAAUCCCGUCAGAGGCAAUCUGGUGACGCAAAGUGGCGUAAUUGUUACUACCACUACUACCACUACUCCAGGAGCGACUUCAGGAGCGGCGGGAGGUGCUUCAAGUACAUACACCGGCCCGGUAGUUUCUCAGACGAGCUACGCCUGCCCUGCGAAUGACCAGCAAAAUGUUGUUGAUGCCAGCGGUUAUGUCUACACUCUCGGAUGCAACAACGACACUACUGGGGGCGGAACUCUUUACACAGGCGGAAGCAGCGGUUUCAAUGCUUGUUUUGGCAUUUGUGAUGGUGUGGCCGGAUGUAACGGAUUCACCUGGUCUGGAAAUUGCUAUCUCAAGGUUAAUAUGGCCAACAUGAGAUUCCAGCCUGGUGUGGGUAAGACAAGGCCAAGUGGCUGUUGCUGGGACCAAUACUACCACUACCGUGUCAUCCUCGGCCUCCUCAACUUCUUCGUCCAGCUCGAGCUUGGUGAACUUCAGUCCCACCACCUCGUCUCUGACCUCGUAUUCGACCUCAUCGACUCCCACGUC